UGUACAGGAGGAGAAGGCAGCGGGUUGCUAGCAACUAGCCGGAGAAAUACGCUUGAACGUGGCCAUGCUGCACACGGUAGGCUUCAUUUCUUAAAACAAGGCCCGAGUGCAAUAGCUGCUUCGCUUGCACAAGGGCAAAGGGGCACGUUUUUUUUAACCCCCCCCCCCCCGCCCCUCUCCCCAUUCCAAAAAAAACCCCAAAAAACAACAAACCACAGCUGCUCGGCGAAUAGUGCAAAUCUGAGCUGUGCGUUAGCUGGCCGAGCCUGACUCGGGAGCUGCCCCCCCCCCCACCCCCCAAAAAACGAGAAUGGGGUCGCGGUCCACUUGGAUUAGUUUGCAAGUGAAGUGACCUUUGAAUGCGUUCUCGGAUGGCAAAUUUCACAAAUGAUCAGGAAGGCAAGGCAGCGAUGUUGGUGCUGGAGACGCAGCAGAGGAACGUGGGCUCCAAAUCUGCCACCGCAAACGUAGACGGCUCGGUCGGGGAAGCCCCUUCCCCGUUAAUUAACAUCAGCGGCGGCUCUCGCUCGCAUCAGUUGCCGCCCUCCUACCACCACCUUGAACCGCAUCACUACGAGCUGGCGUCGCAUCAUCUUCACCACCAUCUGUCCGCGGACGUCGCCGAGUGCCCGGGUAGGAAAUCGUCGUCCCCGGUGGACUACGGCGCCGCUCCCCCCUCCGCCACCGGCACCGGCACCGCCGCCGCCGCCGCCGUCGGCUCGUCCAAUCCACCGGACGCGGCGGACGACAUUCGGAGGUGCGGCUACCUGCGCAAGCAAAAGCACGGACAUAAGCGCUUCUUCGUGCUGCGGGCCUCCAGCCACCUUGGCCCCAGCCGCCUGGAGUACUACGACAGUGAGAAGAAAUUCCGGAGCGGCUUGCGUGGGGGAGCCGUGGGCCCUUCCUCGCCGAAGAGGGUGAUUUACCUCUACCAGUGCUUCACUGUCAACAAGAGGGCCGACUCGAAAAACAAACACCUCAUUGCCCUUUACACGAAGGAUGAGUACUUUGCUAUUGUGGCGGAAAACGAGCAGGACCAGGAGGACUGGUACGUGGCUGUCAGUCAGCUGAUGAGCGAGGGCAGAAAGGGGCAUCUGAUUACGGACGAUUUAGAUGACGGAUAUGGUACCGUCACCCCCGGUACCGUCUUCAAGGAGGUGUGGCAUGUCAACGUCAAACCCAAAGGACUUGGUCAAACGAAAAACCUCACAGGCUUGUAUCGCCUUUGCCUCUCACCCAAAACCCUUCACCUCGUCAAGUUGAACUCCGAGACCCCCUGCGUGAACCAGCACCUCAUGAACAUCAGGCGCUGCGGACACUCGGAAAGCUUCUUUUUCAUCGAGGUGGGUCGCUUCUCGUCCAUCGGGCCGGGGGAGAUAUGGAUGCAGGUGGAUGACUCUGUCGUAGCCCAGAAAAUGCACGAGACCAUCCUGGAGACCAUGAAAGCCCUGAAGGCCUUCGCAGAGUUCCGGCCCAGGAGUAAGAGCCAGUCAUCGGGCUCCAACCCCAUGCCCUUUAUCACCACGCGCCGCCACCUCAGCAACCUCCCGCCGAGCCAGACGGGGCUGCAGCGGCGAUCCAGGAUGGAGUCGGCUGUGGGGACGCCGCCGUCCAGUAAGAGCUCCGGCGCCAGCGGUUACCGCUUCCGCACCUCCAGCGAGGGCGAGGGGACCAUGAACCGGCCGUUUCGCUCCGCCACAGGAAGCCUGCUCCACCUCAACUCGGUGCGUCCUCAUCACGGCCGCGCCGAGGGAAGCCUUGCCGGCAGUAGCAGCGCGGCGACAGGAAACGCCGGCACGAGCGCCGGGGGAGGGCGCUACGUGCGGGCUAACCCGGCGUCGUCGGCCUCUACCUACCAUGCCCGCUCCGCCUCCCUCCCUGUCUCCCACCUCCCUUCCACCACAAGCCCGGUCAGCGUGUCCUCCAGCAGCGGCCACGGUUCUGUGUCGGACACCCUCACCCGCCCGUCCAGCGCCUCAAUAUGCGGCUCUCCAUCCGACGGUGGCUUCAACUCCUCUGACGAGUACGGAUCCAGCCCUGGUGACUUCCGAUACUUCCGGGUGCGCAGUAACACCCCCGAUUCCCUAGGCAACACCCCGCCGAUCAGAGAGGAGAACUGCCUGAGCGACUACAUGGCCGUGGGCUGGAACAGGGAGGUGUUCGGCACCAGCGCCGGUUCCGGGAACAACAGCGGCGCCGACACACCGCGAGAUGAGGGCACGUCAACCACCGAGGAUGAGCGCUUUUCUUCCACGUCGCUCAGGAGGAGGAGAAGCGGCGGGCCCGGGGUGGCCGUCUAUCAGAAAAUGACCCAAACCCAUUUUUCAUUAGAAGAGGGGCAGAUGUGGCGUUUGGCACGGGCCUCCAGCGGGGCGGGCCCACUGUCGUCUUCGUCGUCUCUGCGCUCUGACUACAGCUCCUGCUCCGAGCACAGCCAGCAGAGCCGGCCCUCGACGCUGCCGCGGGUGGAGACCGGCGGCGAGCAACCCCCGCCGUCCUCCGCCAAGGAAGAUAGCGGCUACGUGCCCAUGAUGUGCGGGGUGACUCUGUCGCAGAGGGACUCGCCCCCUGACUACAUGCCCAUGCAGCCCAGCUUUCAUCAUGUUUCCCACCCCCCGCAGUUUCAUAGCCCAUCUUUGGGUCCCCGCUCGGCCCACCGCCAGUCGCAGUCCUCCGCCGAGGCCCACGGCUACAUGAUGAUGCUCCCGGGGUGCGGCGGCAGCUCGUCCUCACCCGUGCAGGCCUCCCUCAGCCCCCAUAGCGGGUCCGGCACGACAGGGGCGAGCGGGAGUGAAAGCAUAGCAGAGAGACCUGAGAAUGGAGAGUACAUGGACAUGUCGUCCAGCGGCAGCGGGGGGCGCAAGCUGGAGGGCGGCAGCGGGUGCCACGCCGCCGAGGGCUCCUGGAGGUCUUACAGCCCUUAUUUCUCUCUCCCUCGCUCCUACAAGGCCCCCACCAGAGAGCGGGACGAAAAGGAGUACGACGACUACGUUCCGAUGAAGUCUCCCGCCAAGCCCGACUACUCAUCAGUCGCCACGGCUUCCUUUUCCGCACCUGAGAGGAGGAGCGGUAAUUGCACCGCCACACCCUCGCACCCACCGCCGCCUUACGGAGCUCACCACACGACAGCCGCAAUGGCCGACCGGCGCGCCGUGAGACCCAACCGCCUGCCUUUAGGCAGGAGAAGCUUCCACGGUUCGCUGCGCGUUAGCGAGCCAUCCACCUCAUCCGCAGUUACCUCAGCGCCAACCGCCCGAACCUCGUCUGACAGGCCCUCCAGUCCCGGAGACUAUAUCAACAUCGACUUUAGUGAUCAAUACCCCCGCCAACAGCAGCCCCCUGCCUACCCUCCUUCCACCCAGGACGAAGCCCCCUCCUUGCCCUCCAGUGACCACCGUCGAUCCCCCCCUUUGCCCCAAGCCGUUCAGGACUACAUGAGUGUGGAGGUGGGUCGUCACCGUCAGGACAGCGACGGGUGUCUGGGUAAGAGCCAGUCACCCAGACCCAGCCUCGUGGCCCCUUGGAACCCGCCCAGCUAUAUCCGCCCCCUGGGUAGCAAUCCCGGUGCUCCGGCCACCCCCGGGGUCCCUGCUGGAGGUCAUUGGAGGUCAGCGGGCGAAGGCUACACCGAAAUGACGUUCAGCAGGGGCGAAAGAACUCAAAUGAGCCCCGCUGCCAUGCUGCAGCAUCUCUGCGUGAUCGAGGGAUGCUUCGGUCACGGUGCCUCCUCCUCCAUUUCCCCCACGUUGCCCCCAAGGAGCCCAGGAAGGGCACCAGCGCCGGAGCCAAAGGUCGUCAGGGCAGACCCUCAAGGCAGGAGGCGACACAGCUCGGAAACCUUCUCUUCCACCUCCUCCUCAAAUUCAACGCCCUCGGGCGGGGCAACCUCCGCCACCCACCUGACGCCGGCGGACCCCGCGACCUCAAACGGUUCACACGUACAAGAAGGCCAGACCUCCAGAUGGGCGGGCUCGGCAUCCUUCGACGGCGUGUGGAUGUCUUUGGAAGGCCACGGGGACCCGCCGCUUGGCCAAGCCCAGGUUGGCGCGUCAGACCCGUGCAGGGCAACCAUUACAUCAGCGUCCUCCUCGCCCGCGACCAGUAGAAUGUACGGAAACGACACGUCUGCGGGACACCGAAACGGCCUCAACUACAUCGCCUUGGAGCCGAGAGAUGACGGGGGCCGUGCGGACGCCGCAGCGUCGACGUGUGUCAGCGAGAUUUCCACAGUGCCAGAGAACGAGGCCUAUGCCAGUCUAGACUGCACCAAAUCAGACGGCGUCCCCACGACAACCAAGGACUGAGUGGCGGCGGACCACACCCCCCCCCCCCCCCCCCCCCCACCUGCAAAUACCAGACUGAGAUGUUCUGUCCUGGAUGCAGAAGACAACGCAAGAGAUGACAGAAAAAAAGGCUUGCAUUUUUUUUUUUUUUUUUUUUUUCCCCCCCUCCAUUCAAUUGAUCUGUCUCCCAUUUUAUUUGUCUUGUUUUAUAUGCAAAUCUUCACUGUGUAUUUUUGUGUUUGUUUUUAACUUGAGUCUCUGGUGAAGUGCCAGUGUUUACUGCUCUCCCGCCUCAUGUUGAACAGGCAGCAGUCGGGGCUCCACUGCACAAAGCGGUUAGCAGGCGGGUCCACUUACUCAUUCGGUAUUAUAAAGGGAGGCAUUACGGUGAGGUCUUUACACAAUAUUCUUUUUUAAAUUGUUUCUUCUUUUUCUUUGUUUUUACCCAUCCAGCCUCGCUAUGGUACCGUACAGUUAUUACAUUGUGGACAAAGUCAUUGUUGAUAAUGUGUAUAUAUCCACUAUAUCUAUUUUUCUUUUUUUCUUUUUUUUUUUGGUCCUCUUUGGUUGUGCUCAUUCACUUGACCUAGAAUGGCUUCCCGGUCCCAAACAGGAAGUAAAAUUUCCUUUUGUACACUUGCACAUAUUAUUUAUUUAAGGUUCGAAUAGUUCCGGUACAUUUCUUAGCUCCUCGGCUAUGGAGGAAUUAUAAUGUUAUUAUUCUUAUUUAAAAAAAAAUAAAAAAUAAGAUUACAUUUUACCUCGCGCGAUGCACAGCACAGUUUCUCGCAAGGAAUGCACACACAUACACGAGUCACGCAGCCCAGGGUAGACCCUCUGAGCGCGCCCCCCCCCCUCCCCCAAUCCCACCAUUCUGAUCUCUGACGCACACACACACAUGCCAGGGUGUUGGUCAGCAGUUCCGGGUGACGUAAAGAGGUUUCCAGUAACCUGAGCUGCGGCUCCAGGUGGGCACAGUUGCUCUGCUUAUACACGUCUGCAUCAAACGCAGUGCCAGCUAGAGCUGGCGUCCGUACUUAGCAUUUCCCGCCGCUCUCCCAGUUAUUCCUACGUGGGAGACUCGUAGCGAAACGCAACAUGACUGAUCAUUUCGGUUCUCCAUUCGCCGUGUUGCUUGUGUUUUUGUGUGUGUGCGUGAGGACACACGAGGUCAUCGUCAUGGCGUGGAUUUGAGGAUGGUUCUAAAAAACAGGCCGGUCAGAACAAUCCCAAAGUCCACUUUGGAGAUGUCAUGUAUCCUUCCUGUGCUAUUGGAACAAGGUCCUUUUUAUAUAGCGGAAGAGCUAUUUUCAGUUUGUUUUUGUUUUUCUCCCCCCUCCUCCUCCUCCAUGCAAUCGCCAACCUUAUUUAUUUUUAAUUUGAACGGUUUGUCACAUUUCAGUAUUUGAAACUGGGCCCCGGCUCAGAUUGGAUUCGACAAGCGUCCGCCUCACAAGUGUCCUGAUGUUCAGAAAUAUUUUUCCGUGUGCGUUCAGCUGGAAAGAAUUAAGACUUGUUUAAUUAUUUGCUCCAAGAGAAGACUUAACUGCAUCCUUAUGCAAGCAUUGUUUCCCCAUUUUCCUUUAUUUGUAUUUGAGUUGACGCCGGAAGAGCGUUGCUAUUUUAUUUUAUUUUUUUAAAUUUUGUGGUAUACAGGCAACCUGCAAACAAAGCAACAAAUGUCUGGUGACUUUUUUUUUUUUUUUUUUUUUUGCGGCAUUUUGCAGUUGUUUGUCUUAAGAAAUUGGUUAUUUUUUGUAACUAUAUUACAGUUUAUUUGCUGCUGUGUAGUACAGUUCAGGUUGAGUAGUGGGCCUCCGAUCUGGGGGUCGUCUCCUGCCACCUUUUGUUCUUUCUUUCCAGUCGAAUGCUGUUCGUUCAUCAGCACGACAGGGAAGAGUUCAAUAGCGGGGAAGCGUUUCUCCUCGGUACGUUCUCCGUUCGGAAGAAGAAACUUGACAGUCCCCCCUGUAAAUAAGAAAAAGUCGUGGCUUUUUUUUUCUUUUCUCCCACGCUGCCAGUCUUUCGUUUUCUUCGCUGGCUCAUGGAGGGAAUGUGGUCGGUGGUUUAUCGGAGGCCAUUUGAGCGUCAGCAUAGUGUUUAUAUUGAUCAGACCUUUGCUUUCCAUAGAGCUAUUGCAAUAAAAAUGUUCAUCUUCUGCGCCUGUGUUUGCGUAUUUACUCUUCUGUCCACGGCAUAGACUUCCGUACAAUAUGCAAUUGAAUCUCAAAUAUUUUUAACCCGAGAGCCUCCCUUCUCAUUCGACGGAAUUUCCACCGACAGCCACGGCCUGUUUAUUCAGCUCGGGUGACCUGCCCGGGGUCUCAAAG